UCCGGUGGUGGUAGGUGCCGUCGGUGUGUGAGGGGGCGGUAGUGGUUUCCCUGUCCUCCCUCCUCCUCUUCCCUCCUCCCUUGCUCCGCAGCUUUGGAAACGCGCGCCAUUUUGUGACUCCCCCCUCCCCCUCCCUUCCUUCUCCCUCCAUCCUGUAUACGGCCGGGACCCGAGGAACAACCGCCGCCUCCUCCUCCCCUCGCAGCAGCAGCAGUAGUGGCAGCGGACUGUGUGGGAUCUCCUGCACCGGGAUAUGAGCGGCAGUGACAGCAGCAGGCGGGGAGAGCUGGGGAUGCGGAGCGGGAGCGCUGUGUGAGGACACCGGCUCAUCCUCCGCCUCUCAGGCCCCGGACACCGAUGUGACUGGAGAGAGCUGCGUCGUCUGGCGGGCAGCAGAGGAGGACACGGUGUUGCGGUUUGCUGCUGGACUCUCCCCUCCAUUCACAGGAUAUGAGACUUGAAAGAAGACGAUGCAUACAGGAGGAGAGACUUCAGCAUGCAAACCGUCAUCUGUCCGGCUUGCACCCUCAUUUUCAUUCCAUGCUGCGGGUCUACAGAUGGCUGGACAAAUGCCACACUCUCAUCAGCAGUACAGUGACCGGCGUCAGCAGAACCUAAAUGACCAACAAGUAUCUGCCUUAUCUUACAAUGACCAGAGUCAGCUGCCGACUAACCAGCGGCGGAUGCCCCAAAACUUUCGUGAUCCAACUUCAGCCCCGUUGAGGAAACUGUCAGUUGACUUGAUCAAAACUUACAAACACAUUAAUGAGGUCUACUAUGCAAAAAAGAAGCGGCGGCAUCAACAAGGACAAGGUGAUGACUCCAGUCACAAGAAGGAAAGAAAGGUGUACAACGAUGGCUACGACGACGACAACUACGACUACAUUGUGAAAAAUGGCGAGAAGUGGAUGGAUCGCUAUGAAAUCGAUUCUUUGAUUGGAAAAGGUUCCUUUGGCCAGGUUGUGAAGGCAUACGACCGCGUGGAGCAGGAGUGGGUGGCUAUUAAAAUUAUAAAGAACAAGAAGGCUUUCCUAAAUCAAGCCCAGAUUGAAGUGCGACUUCUCGAGCUGAUGAACAAACAUGACACGGAGAUGAAAUACUACAUAGUGCAUUUAAAGAGACAUUUUAUGUUCCGAAACCACCUCUGCCUCGUGUUUGAAAUGCUUUCCUACAACCUCUACGACUUAUUACGUAAUACCAACUUCCGGGGUGUUUCUUUGAACCUGACACGAAAGUUUGCACAGCAGAUGUGCACUGCACUACUAUUCCUGGCUACUCCCGAACUUAGUAUCAUUCACUGUGACCUAAAGCCUGAAAAUAUCCUUCUCUGCAAUCCCAAGCGAAGCGCCAUUAAGAUAGUCGAUUUUGGAAGCUCGUGCCAGCUAGGGCAGAGGAUAUACCAAUAUAUUCAGUCUCGUUUUUACCGGUCUCCAGAGGUUUUACUGGGAAUGCCUUAUGACCUUGCGAUUGACAUGUGGUCCCUCGGUUGCAUUUUAGUUGAAAUGCAUACUGGAGAGCCCCUCUUCAGCGGAGCCAACGAAGUGGACCAGAUGAAUAAAAUUGUAGAAGUUUUAGGAAUACCGCCUGCUCACAUCCUCGACCAAGCACCAAAAGCCAGAAAGUUCUUUGAGAAGCUGCCAGAUGGCGCUUGGAACUUAAAGAAGACCAAAGACGGGAAAAAGGAAUACAAACCACCAGGAACCCGGAAACUUCAUAAUAUUCUUGGAGUGGAAACUGGAGGACCAGGAGGUCGGCGAGCAGGGGAAUCAGGUCACACUGUAGCGGACUACUUGAAGUUUAAAGACCUCAUUUUAAGGAUGCUAGAUUAUGAUCCUAAGACACGGAUUCAACCAUACUAUGCUCUGCAACAUAGUUUCUUUAAGAAGACUGCUGACGAAGGUACAAACACAAGUAAUAGUGUAUCUACAAGUCCAGCGAUGGAGCAGUCCCAGUCGUCGGGAACCACCUCAAGCACAUCGUCUAGCUCAGGUGGCUCUUCUGGGACAAGUAACAGUGGAAGAGCGAGGUCUGAUCCGACUCAUCAGCACAGACAUAGUGGAGGGCAUUUUACUGCUGCUGUACAAGCUAUGGAUUGUGAGAGACACAGUCCUCAGGUUCGACAACAGUUUCCUCCACCAGUGGGUUGGACUGUCACUGAAGCCCCCGCUCAAGUUACCAUUGAAACCCACCCAGUCCAAGAAACCACAUUUUAUAUCCCCCCUUCACAGCAAAAUGUACCACAUCAUCAUGGAAAUAGUGCUCAUCAUCCCCACCACCACCAUCAUCAUCCCCACCACCACCACCACCAUGGACAGCAAUCAUUGGGUAGCCGGACGAAGUCCAGGAUCUACAACUCUCCUUCAAAUAGCUCCUCCACCCAAGAUUCUAUGGAAGUCGGGCACAGCCACCACUCCAUGACAUCUUUGUCUUCCUCAACUACUUCUUCCUCAACAUCUUCCUCAUCUACUGGCAACCAAGGCAAUCAGGCCUACCAAAAUCGCCCCAUGGCUGCUAAUACCUUGGACUUCGGACAGAAUGGAACUAUGGAUGUUAAUUUAACAGUCUAUUCAAAUCCUCGCCAAGAGACUGGCAUAGCUGCCCAUCCGACGUACCAAUAUUCUGCGAAUACAGGCCCUGCCCACUUUGUAACUGAGGGACAUCUGACAAUGAGGCAAGGAAUCGAUAGAGAAGAGUCUCCCAUGACAGGAGUUUGUGUUCAGCAAAGUCCUGUGGCUAGCUCGUGACUAAAUUCAAUUUAGGUUUGUUUCUUGUGUGUGUGUUUUAUUUUUAUUUUUAUUCUUUUUACGUUCCAUUUUAAGACGUGGUGUUUUUUUUUGUUUUUUCUUGUUUUUGCCUUUUGUUUGUUUUUUUCUUUUUUUCAAAAAAAAAAAAAACAAAAGAAAAAAAAACAAAGUGCAAAAGCUGCUUUAAUCAGAAGGAGAUAAACACACUUAACCGCUACAACAGGGAAAAGCUGACUAUUUUUUUAAACUUGAAACGAUUGCAAAGGGACAAUGACGUUGAAACGAUUUUUAUUUUUUUAGAGCUGUGUCCAAAUCCACCUUAUUGGAAAGCUCCGAGGUUACAACCUCUACUUUUGCUCCCCCCUCCCAAAACCCUACACCCUCUCCAUUUAACUCUGUAUUGCAAUUAUUUUAUAAAAAAAUAUAAUUAUAUAUGUAUUUGUACAUACAUAUAUAUAUUUGUAUAUUUUAACCAUAGUAAGUUAUGCUGAACAUAGUCAGUUGCCAACAUGAGUAAAAAAAUAAAUAAAAAAUCAAAGGACGUUCUAAAAAAAUAAAUGCACCCCUCCUCCACCCUUCUUUCGGUCCAUUUUUGGGGUUUUACAAGUCCAACCAUACAUGGUCAGAGGCAGUGCUGUAAGGGAGGACCUGCAAAAUCCAUAGGUUUCCAUGUCGAGGGGACGGUUAAGCGGUUGUCGCGCCGAGCAGUCAACGUGUGAAGUGGCGGUUAUCAGCUCGAAUCUGGGAAACGGAAAGCAGCCGUUUAAUGGGAAUGUGUGGGUCUUGCGAGUAGAUGACCAGUCAACUAAAGUGUCUCGUUUUUUAAGGUGCACUGAAAAGCAAUUGAUGGGGUCGGUCGUGUGGUCAGUCCUGGGGAGGUCCAAGUGGAUAACCUUUGGCCUUAUGGAAUUGGACUCUCAAGUUGUAGGAGCCUACCGUUUCAGAUGCAAUCACUUUCGGACAUGUUUUUGCAGACAGUCCUUAACGCUGAAAAAACACAGAAUGGGGUAAUUCAAGAGGCCUUUCUUU